AUGUCCUCAAUUGUGAAGAAUGCUUUCAAGGGAGUCAAAGGGAAGGGCAUAGUUAAUUUCAUCAAGUACCUUAAGGAUGAGGGCUACACGAAAUGCCUUUUGGAUGGAAAUUUAUUGCAAGAGAAAAUACAUAAGAUUGGAGCAACGCUUGUAGGAGUUGACAAAUUUGGAAACAAGUACUAUGAAAAGCUGGAAGAUACUCAAUUUGGCAGACACAGGUGGGUGGAGUAUGCGAAAAAGGGCAGAUAUGAUGCAUCUCAAGUGCCGCCAGAGUGGCAUGGUUGGCUUCACUACAUGACUGAUCAUACAGGAGAUGAAGUUUUGUUGCUGAAACCGAGCAGGUAUGGACUUGAGCACAGGGAGAACCUCACAGGAGAAGGUUACGAGUAUGCCAACCAUUCAAAAGGGCGCCUUCCUUAUCCCGGACAAAGGGAUUGGAGCUGCUAUGAGCCCUGGCAACCGACAAAAACAUGAAAGAAAGAAAGAAAAAAAAAGAAGUGUUUAAGAUGGAUGCAUAUUGGGGGAACAUCUGGGGUUUUGUUUUGCUUUCCUUGCUCUAAUGUUGUGUAUCUGUAGGCCUUGCUCUUUGAUGCGCAUGAGAUGCACAAGGCUUUGAUUUGAUCCCUGUAGCUGGAGUUUGUAUGUGUCACGUUUGGUAUAUGCUUU